AUGGCGCUGUUGUGUUGUUCAUCGGAGUCCUCUAUUGAAGAAUGUGCCCAGCACCCAAAACUGCAUGUUAGGCCAUAUAUUGCGUACGCUAAAGAGUGUGCUUUUUUCCGUUCCCAACUCAGUGCUGGAAGGAGAGAGUUGGUUAACCCUUUACAUGGCAGAGUCUGUUGUAUGGUUUUCUGCGCAUUAAUGGGCGGCGACAAUUCGAAGCUAACCUAUCGGAAUGUGGUGAUCCAGUUGACUACAAAGACCCAGGUACGUUUGUGUAGCGCUUCUUCAGCAUCGCUUCAGCCUAUCGAUUCUAACGAUAAUGCCUUUUGGGAGAGGUUUUGGACAGAUAUAUCUAUCAGUGUCCAAGAUAUGUUUGUUCUUAUUCCCGCUGCCGAAAUACGGGCUUUGAGAGAAGAAUCCCCAAACAACCUGGCUACUCUGAGCUAUAAGGCCGUCGAAAAGCUUUCCAGAAUUGCCGAAGCCUCGUUCCCUACUGCCAAAGAUCAGCAAACAGCGUUGAACUGCAUACGUCUACUAACUCGACUAUUCCCCUAUAUAUUUGAAGACCCCGAAUGGCGUUCGUUUUUCUGGUCUGCUCUUCCUCUGGAACCAGAUUCAGCCGUUGAUGAUGAGUGUGUGCCACUAGCGCAUAGUCUGAUCUCGGCCCUCUGUGAUUUGCUAUUUUGUCCGGAUUUCACCGUCCACUCAAUCACGAAAUCGGGUCCCGAGGGACCCGAAGAUAUGCAUACAAUCGACAGUUGCGAGUACAUUUGGCAAGCGGGUGUAGGCUUCGCACAAAACCCAGUUCAUAAUGCCGCCCACGACUCAAAUCGGACGGAAAUCUUGAAGCUCCUCCUCACCUGCUUCUCCGAAACAAUGAGAACGCGAAGCGAAGAAGCCCAACAGACACAAAAUAAAUGGGUCUCGUUUUUCACAAGCACAAACAACCGCCACGCUCUUCCUCUGUUCGCGUCUCUGCUAAAUGUGGUUUGCGCUUAUGACCCUGUUGGAUUCGGCGUUCCAUACAAUCACCUGAUGUUCUCCGACUCCCGUGAACCGUUAGUGGAAGUUGCAUUGCAGGUCCUGUGCAUUGUUCUGGAAACCGAACUCACAGGCAGCUAUCCCACUCACCCAAGCCACGGCUACAGAAACCUGGUGGGCCGUAUGUCUUCCGAGGCGGACGAGGCUAGCAGCACCACGGCAACAUCUGCCGGAGAUGGGAUAACCGAAAUGAACCUGUUCGCGAAUUACAUGUCCAGAAUUCACCGUGAUGAGGACUUUGCAUUCAUCUUGAAUGGCCUGACCAGGCUACUGAACAAUCCACUCCAACAAACGUAUCUGCCUGGAUCGACAAAAAAAGUUCAAAUGCAUCAAGAACUCCUGGUGCUCUUCUGGCGCAUGUGCGAAAUCAACAAGAAGUUUAUGUACUACGUCCUCAAAUCAAGCCAAGUGCUGGAUCUCCUGGUCCCAAUUUUGUACCACCUGAAUGACGCUCGGUCCGAUCCUGCCCGUCUCGGCCUUGUACACGUUGGUGUAUUCAUCCUCUUGUUGCUCAGUGGGGAACGCAACUUUGGUGUGCGACUCAAUAAACCUUAUAAAAAUCGCGCUGCCUUGGAUAUACCGGUGUUUACGGGCACGCAUGCGGAUGUGUUGAUAAUUGUGUUUCACAAGUUAAUUACGACCGGACAUCGACGCCUCCAACCGCUUUUCGACUGCCUGUUAACCAUUAUUGUGAACGUAUCUCCGUAUUUGAAAAGUAUGUCUAUGGUAACUUCCAACAAGUUACUCCACCUUCUGGAGGCCUUCAGUCAACCCUGGUUUCUGUACAGCGGUCAAACACAUUACCAACUCGUCUUCCUUCUCUUGGAGGUAUUCAACAAUAUCAUCCAGUAUCAGUUUGACGGAAACAGCAAUCUAGUUUAUACAUUGAUACGGAAACGACAAGUUUUUUAUCAUUUGGCCAACCUGCCCACUGACCAGAGCACUAUUCAGAAGAUCGUCAAACGCCGACCCACCACGCUUUCCAAUUCGGAUCACUCCUCUCCGGAGUCAUCUCCAACCCUAUCCGCCAAACCAAAGUCCCAUUCCAUUCAAGGUAAUCACGAUACACAAAUGAUCAAAGAAGGAGCUCGAAAGAAGACUCAAGCUGAUGUCAUUUCUCCUACAAGUGCUGUGGCCCCAGCUGGUAAUAGAGAUGUCAACAGUAGCGCCAUUGAUACUCCAGAAGUCGAAUCUAAUGCAGGUGCGCCAACUACCAACUACGCAAGUGCAUUGCAGCCAGCUCUGGCCGAAACACCUGCGAUACGCAGCAUGACGGAUAGGCGUUUGGCUAACGCUGCCGGUAGUGUGAGCGGAGACUUCCAUCCAUCUGAUGAAGCCACUCAUCCAUUAGAAGACGCGCUGAUUUCCCACCUCUCCCCAUCACGAAGGUUCCGUUCGCUCUCUGACAACUCUUCACCCCCAAAACUAAAUUUGUAUCCUCAUGAAUCCGGUGAUGGACUGCAUUCGGUCCCUCUAAAUCAUCCGGGAAUCGCUCACAGCUCAUUACUUGGUGAAAACCCCAAUUCACUGGCCACUGAGCGCGUCACAGACCCUCCGAAUUCAUACACUUCGCUUAACUCUACUCAGUCAGUAAAUCAUCACUCGAGCAAGUCCAGUGGUAUCAAUCAAACCCCUGGGCGUUCGCAUGAGAACGGUUCCAAGCAUGAAGUGGUUGGUCACGGCGCCGGUUGGAUUCCAACCUCUGACUGGGCUGCCAGUUGGAAAGCGAAGAUGCCCUUCCAAACCAUCAUGCGUUUGCUUCAGGUUCUCGUGCCACAAGUAGAGAAGAUCUGCAUCGACAAAGGACUGACGGACGAGACAGAAAUCGUCAAGUUCCUUCAGAACGGCACUCUGGUCGGUCUAUUGCCCGUCCCUCACCCAAUCCUCAUCAGAAAAUACCAAUCAAACGCUGGAACAGCCAUCUGGUUUCGGAAUUAUUUGUGGGGUGUCAUUUACCUGAGCUCAGGUACCGUAAAUGAUCAGCGAACAAACCAACGAACCUUCUUCAUCCUUCCUUACAUGAGCGAGAGUGUUUUCAUAAAGGAAACUACUCAUAAGGUUGCUGAAAACUCUUCGAUAGCCCACGAUCGGUUUCGCCUUUCUCAGGGCUCAUCAGGUGGGCGCAGUCCCUGA